GUUUUACUGGCAGGCAGUGAAAAACAACCCCAACUGAUUACAAAGUAAAUAAAAUAGACCUCCCCUUUCUGUUGUAGUAGCAGCUUGGUCCUUCUCAUAAUCUUUAGACUGUGUUACCACUCAAAAGGCUAAAGAUGGCAAGAAAGGUUAUCAGUGGAGCGUUACUUUUUUGCUUAUUGAUCAUUGACACUAACACACGGGCCGUUCUGUCUUCACCUGAUGCCUCACAUACGACCCCCAGCUUACCUCGUGAUAAGCUGUAUAAGAGGCUGUUCGCAGACUUGAAGAACAUUACAGAAUCUCCUGAGGAGAUCAAAGCAUGGAGUAGAGAGAAUAUUGCAUCUCUCAAGGGUUUGCUGCAAAAAGUUACCAAUCUACUCAAAGCUGAACAACAAAAAGGCUGCAAGGAGUUCGUCCCAAAAAAUUGCACAGCCCCACUGCCCCCCAGUUCAGGAGGUCUGGUGUGUGUCACCAUAAACAACGUCCGGUAUUGCAAACCCAUGUGCAACCAGGGGUAUGAUUUUAGUUUCCUAAGAAGAUCGCAGUUGUAUGAACAGUGUGGUGAUCACACCAGUAACAAAUGGUCCACUCAGUUCAUUGGUGGAAGCAGACUGGCAGUUUGUAUUGAGUCUCGUAUUCCUGUCUCUGGAGUUCCUUCUGCCUAUUUUCCAAAGGACCAGGACUGUGAGGAAACAGUGCAAGAUUACAAUCUAGAGAAGGAGCAAAUUGAACGUUUUGUUAAUGAGUUAAAGAAGGAUGGCAUCAGUGUAGAUCAUAAAGAGGUCAAUGAGUGCCUCAUGUGUGGAUAAUGACCACACCGUCAGUCCUGUCUCGUUUAAUCUGCUCUAAACUAACAUGUCUGACCCUGUGUGCAGCCGCUGCCUCCUCAACACUUCAGCAGAGGAAUUAUUCACUCUUCUUUCAUUGCUUUCUAUAAUUGGUUGCUUUCUGGUGAAUGUCUUGCAAAAGUGAAAUACUCUGACAUCAUUAGUAAGACAUGCUACUUAUUGCAGCCAUCAAAAUUCACUUUGUUGGGAAGGACGGCAUAAGCAGUAAUUGACUUUUUUAUUUAAUCUUACCAUGCAUGCAUAGAAACAUUUGUGCUCCUAUAUGCGUCACUGCACUCUAACAUUUCUGUCUGAAAUAGAAUAAAGAAAAUUAAUAUGAAAGCAUGCCCUCAAGGCUGUAAAACUCAUCAAAACUUUUUUUUUCCCCCAUUGCUCCAUUGACUGCAAUAUAUGGAUAAUCUUUCUAAUUGUCACAGGGAGCAGAUUUGUUGGGUAAUUGUUAUAAUCCUUAUAAAAAAGAUUGAAUUCA